CUAACCUUUUAGGCACAAGUCUGUGAAGCUUUUUUAUACGACGAAGGUCGAAACCGACAGACUCCACCGCCAUAACGAGACAACGACUAUUGUAAUUAAAUAAAAGAGUCAUAUUUAUACAUCUGUCAUCAUCGAGCGACCAUCAUAUCGAAAGGCCGUUAUCAUAUUCAAACACCAGCUCUCAUAACUAUACAACAACCGUUGAUUUAGAGAACGACCUUCACAAUCCGAAUUCACACAAUGUCAUUUCUAGAACCAAAUCCGAAGCCGAACGAGGCCUUAGCCUACACAUCAUCUAGCAGAGCGUCUAUUGCCUCGGGAACAGAUGGCGAUAAAGUAGGCGGGAACACUGCUGCCGAGAAGUCAAGGAGCGGGCGAAGUUUGACCAAGUCCGUGAAAACAAUGGAAUUAGAACUAGUGCAGAAUGCAAAGAGAAAACGAAAGGCAAUACCAGCUGUCACUACUUCGAACAAACGGGUCAAGACUACAGAAGCAUAUGAAACAAAAAAUGCAGAAAUGAAGAGCGAUGCAUCCGAGGAUUUUGCUGGCAAACAAGAACCUCAAAAGCGGAAGCAUAUUCAGAAAAGCUCGAAUAUAAGUGUACCUGUCCCAGCUGCUCCAGUCGCUCCACUUGCUCCAUCCGCCAUAACAACGGUUCGGCUUAAACUGACAUGCAUGCCUCCAAACGCCCAGCCAGAGCUUCAGCUAAAACUCAGGAUCAAAAAUUCAUCCAGCAGUUUGAAGGAAGAUAAAACAGCUGGCAGGUCUGGACAGGAAGGGGAGAGGACUCGAUGGGAAAGGAAAGAAGCUCUUCGCAUUCAAGAAAUAGAGAAGGAAAAGAGAGUUCUCGAGGAUAUGAAAGCAAAGUAUAGAGCUGAACAUGCUGAACGGCAUAAGAUGAGAAUUCAAGGGGCUCAAGAAUCACCGGAAAGAGCUCGCGAGGUUCAACAAGCAAGGAAAAAGGCUUUCCUCGCUCGGCGAGCAGAGGAGAAGAGGAGAGCUCAAGUGGCUGUACAAGCAGAGAAAAGAGCUCGCGAGGCUCGAGAGUUAGAGAAGAGAGCUCACAAGAAGACUCAUGAAGAAGAAAUGAAAGAUCUCAGGGCUUUUCAAGAAAGAAUAAGAAGAGUUGUCGCGGCCUGGAAGGCUCAAGAAACAAGCAAGGAAGUUUCCAAUGCUACGAGUGCGGAAUGAGCCGAAGGCACUCGUACAAUUGUGUUGUUCUUUCUCAAUCACCUAUAGGCCUCAUACCACUGAGCAUGGUCCAUAGAACAAGAGGCAAAAGAAUAGGAAGAAUGAUUGGUCAACACUGUACGACUGCGAUUUAGAAUUUGGUUAGAGCUUGGAAGCUGUUAUUUUUGAAACAUCUUUACCGAUACAGUGGAGGUGGCUUUUUCGGUGGUUAUUUGUUGCUGUUGUUUUGGGAGGGACAUAUAGUAUUACUCUCCAAAAGGAUUUGUUUUAAUGUUUAUCGAUGUUGUUUUCCGAG